AUGUCAAUCAAGAACGUUGCAGUUAUUGGGGGAAGCGGAAAUCUCGGCCCUGCAGUUGUCCAAGGCCUCCUCGACACUGGCUUCACAGUGACUGUACUCACCCGCCUCGAAUCCAAAGCCACCUUCCCCCCCGGCGUCAAAGUCCACCGAACCGACUACGACUCUGCCAGCUCCCUCGCCGACGCCCUUACCAGCCAAGACGCAGUCGUCUCGACGAUCGCUACCGCCGCUCUAGGACAACAGCUGAAGAUCAUUGAUGCGGCGGUCAAGGCUGGCGUGAAGCGGUUUAUCCCUAGCGAGUUCGGAGUCAAUACACAGAAAGUUACUGGCAACAUUGCUAAGAUCCUGGGUGCGAAGCUAGCGGCUCAGGAACAGCUAAAGAAGGCUGCAGCGGAGAAUCCAAACUUCUCGUGGACGGGCAUAUCUACGAGCAUGUUCUUUGAUUGGGGCCUCAGAGUCGGAUCAUUAGGAUUCUCCGUCAAAGACCAGACUGCCACGAUCUUCGACUCCGGCAACGAACCUUUCACAGGCACAAAUCUCCCUACCAUCGGUCUGGCAGUGGCAUCCGUUCUCAAGAACGCAGACACCACGGCCAACCGAUACAUUGACGUUGCGUCCUUUGUCACUACACAGAAUGCCAUCCUUGCAGUUUUCCAGGAGGAGACUGGAAAGAAGUGGACUGUUAUAAAUAAGAAGACGAGCGAGAGUGAGAAGAUUGCGGACGAGAAGUUGGCUAAGCGUGAUUUCUCUGCUUUUAGCGAUUAUUUGAAGGUGGAGUUAUUUAGAGACGGCGAGGGAAAGUCGCCUAAGUUAGAGCAGUUGGCGAAUGAGGAGCUGGGUGUCUCAUUCGGCGAUUUAAGGGCCACUGUUAAGGCUGUUUUGUAA